UGGAAUGUGAUGUGUGUAUUUUUCUAGGGGCUUGCUUGUGUGACUGCUGGUCUCCGUGUGUGUUUGGGGCACACAUACAUGGAAUAGUCCCUCAGCAACGGGACUGCCCAGGGAGGAGCUGCUGUGUAUGCAUUGUGGGCAGGGGUGUGCACCCAUGUGGGGAGUAGUGACCCAGCUGCCCGUAAGGGCCCUGGGCCUGGAGGUGCGUGUGUGGGGUCUCUACCUCCACCUGCUGUCCCUGGGGCUGCGGGCUUUCCUACUUUUCUUCCUUGUGCUUCUUCGAGAGCUGUGUGUGUGUGUGCAGGAGGCAGGCAGGGCUGUGCUCAUGGCGGCUCGCUCUGUGGCCCUCACGGCCCACGUCUGUAGUGUCUAUGUCUUCCUUCAGGGGGUUGCCUGGUCUGCCCAGCUGGUGGGGAGCUGGGUGAUGCUGCACAUAUGGCUCUACCGUGCCUUGCUGGAGACCCCCAAACGCGUUCCUUUACUCCCGCAGUGUGAGCAGGCAGCCAGGUGGCUGGUGUGGGCCAGCAUGCAGGCUGGCAAAGGCCUGGCUCGGGUGUGGGGUGUGGCAACCUUUGUGCAGCUGUGUGCCCACACGGUCUUCCUGAGCAUGUACCUGUGCAUGCACAUCUGCUUUGCCGCCAUCAGCUCUAAGGUCCGUGUGAGAGUGAACGCACCGUUCUGUGUCUCAGUGCCCUUGAAGGUCCAUGCCCCUCUGAGCCUGGGCAUCAAAGUGGGGCUGCAGGGCCAGAAGCAUGGGAGAGCCACGGGGGAGGCAGGUAUGCCUCAGGGGGAGAUGUUGGGGAAGCAGGAACCCCAGACGUCCAGGAGCCCCAAGCCCACCAGGAGAAGGGAGGUGUCACGGAGUGAGCUCAGUCCAGGUGGGUAAGGGAAGGGGCUGCUCUGUGCCCCUUGGACUUGUCCCCAGCCUCAGGUGCUAGUGCCCUCUUCCUGCAGCCAGCCCAGGCUUGGAGCCUGCAUCUCCUCCUGCUCAGCCAAGCCCGUGUGGUGGCCCCUCCU